UUUCCGCAGUUCGCUUCUUUCGACGCAGUCGCGUGCGGCCAAACAGCGCCGGCCAGUCCAUCCUGUCAGUCAACAUCGACAGCCCCGCCUCUAGUUGGGAUUUCCGCCAAUGGGGACGCGCUGAAGAAAAGACUUCAAUGGCCCGCCUUCGAGAACCCGCCUUUUCUUUGUUGGCUCGGCCAAUCAAAUGCGGCGCUGGCUGCCGGGAUACUCGGUAACAGAAUUCCACUGGCCGUUAGCAGUGUGGCAGCUUCGCGUCGCGCACGAUUGUGUUUUGGGGGAGAAGACGUUUGAUUUUUUUUUUUAAUUUUAUCUUUUUGUAAAUUUCUCCCCCUGGGAAACUUGGCAGUGGACAUUCAGCGCGUUUUAAAAUCGCGAGGCGAAAGCAGCGGGUUGGGAGAAGCUCGGCGGCCGCCGACACCUUUGAACUUGGCAGCCGCACACAUGCAACAAAUGCCCGGGCGCCUCGGGCUGCACAGAUGGGGCUGUUGAGCUUUCGCGUCUUCCUCGACUGACGGGGGGCGCCGCCGGCUAACGUGUCUUUUUGUUUAAAUUACCCCGGCACGAGAGCCGACAAGUGGCGCUGCGCGUCUCAUGGAUUGAAGCUCGCCGCUGAUCCCCCCCCCCAAACAAGCCGGCAUGGAGAGCUAGGUGCCGCAGCCCGGCAGGAAAGACCCGCCGCUUACAAUACUAUGACCGGCCCCGGGUCGAACGGCACCCCGAGCACGGCGGCGAGGCUAAGCAAACAUGCGAGGUCCAAGAGCUGCAGCCGCGGGGACCGGGAGAGCGCCUCGGGCAGCUCGGCCAACGGCGCCAGUAGGUCCUCGGGCGAGGAAGACGAGAAAGAUGGAGGAGUGCUCUUCUACGUGAACAGAAGCGGCUUCCCGAUUGACGGCCAGACGUGGGAGAGAAUGUGGCUUCACGUGGCCAGGAUUCACCCCGAAGGCAAGGAGAUGGUGGACCGAAUCCGGCACGCCGCCCACCUGGCGAGGCUGCCUGUGCCAUCCGUGCCAAUCUUCAAGCCAUCCAUGUCCGUUCCAGACUGCCUGCACGUGAUACAACAGUACAUGAAGUUGCUGCAAUACAACCACACAGGAACCCAGUUUUUUGAAAUUAGGAAAACGAGACCUCUCAGCGGGUUAAUGGAGACGGCAAGAGAAAUGACCCGGGAGUCUCUGCCCAUUAAAUGCCUCGAGGCGGUGGUCCUUGGAAUAUAUCUGACCAAUGGGCUGACUUCCUUGGAACGAUUUCCAAUCAGCUUCAAAACACAGUUCUCGGGGAACUUCUUUCACCACGUCGUCCUGGGCGUUUACUGCAACGGGCGCUAUGGCUCUCUGGGAAUGAGCAGAAGGCCCGACCUCAUGGACAAGCCCCUCAGCUUUCGGACUCUGAGUGAGCUGAUUUUUGAAUUUGAGGACUCUUACCAGAAAUACCUUCACAUUGUCAAAAAAGUGAAAAUUGGACUCUAUGUGCCCCAUGACCCCCAUGUCUUCCAACCCAUUGAAUGGAAGUAUCUAGUGUUGAACUGCAGCAAGAUGAGUCGGGGAGAGAUGCGAAAGGAUUUGGAGAAGCACGCGCGGGACAUGAGAAUGAAGAUUUUAAAAUCCUCUUCUGCUCAGUCCCCUGUUAAAGAACGGGCGAGAGGAAAAUCCCUGUCACCUCGUCGCGGGCAAGCAAGUCCUCAGAGACGGCAUCUUCAGAAGAGAGACAAAUCGCCUGCGAUGUUGGACAAGAAGCCUGCAGAACUCAGCACUUUGAAUGACGUUGGUUACCAAAUCCGGAUCUAGAAAUGGACAGAAACUGCAAUCUCUGAUGGUGCUCAUACUUGCACUUUACAUUUAGGUUGAAUGCCUAAUUGCUGAGGAUUGUGUGCUCGUGCACAAUAAGAUGCGUGUCAGGCAGGCCCUGUGCAGUUGUGAGUGGGACUGAUGGUCUGUUUUGGUUACUGUACUAGUCCGCUUUCUACAGUGCCUAUUGUCCCCAUCAAGCCCUGGACUGAAUGCCUUAUUCAACCCCACUUUAUAGAAGCAGUUGGAGCAAAACCGGUUUUUUAAAUGUAACAAAGACAGCACAACACCUCCUUUAUUCUCUAUAAUGUGUCUUUCCUAGCAGUGGCAGAUUUUAAAAAGCACCCUUUAGUGUAAUUUACCACUUAACAAAAAAGACACAAUAUGGUCAGAAUAAGAACAUGUCAAAGAAUCUACUUUAUCUCCCACACUCCUUUCAAUCCUCUUCUUUUCCCCUGUAGAUGUGUUUUCCAUGCUGUCUCAGGAGAACAGUCAUAAUGAGCAAAACAGCAGGAUACCUGGCCUAAAUAAAGGGAACACUAGGAGAGUUUGUCUGCAGUAAGUACUCUGAAGAGACAGGCCAUUUGAGUUUAUUUGCCAGAAUACGGCAGCUGAUUUGAGAUUCGUCAGCACUCCGGGUGCCGCAGCCGUGUCUCUCGAGUCGUUUUAAAUGUGACCGAAGUACUACAUCAAACUUGAUCCCAUGUAUUAAUCGGAUCAGCAGUAAAUGUCACUCUGUUGUUACAGUAGACUUUGUAUUGCAGACGAUGUGUGAACAGGCUAUGGUAGGACACUUUGUUGCCUUUUUGAAAUGCCGAGCCUCCUGGCAAUUUAGCAAUAGCCUCAUUUUCAGGGCCACGUCGUUAAAAUGGAGUGCAUAUCCAUGUAUAAUGUCUUUCAGUAUUCACUUAAAAAUCCAGGACUAAGAUAAUGUAAUGCAACGGAAGGAAAGGUGCAGCAGACGGCUACCAUUUCUUUUACCAGUCUCGGAUGGUGAGGGCAGUCGUAAGCACUGGGUGUUACAAAGAUCAUGAAGGUGUUUUGAUGAUCGGGUGGGGUAGGAGGUGUGGUCGUGGGUGCAGAUUUUUAAAUGUUUAAAAGGAAAAUGCAAUUUUGUAUUUUUAGACUUUUUUUUUUUUAAACGAUCAAACCUCAAGACGUUUUCUAUUAACUGCUCAAGUCCUUAAUCAGAUUCAGUGCAUGGUGUUGAGGUUUUUUGGUGAGGUCUAGUUACAUUUUUUAUGAAAAAGGACAAUGAUUUUAUUAUUUUUUCUUCCAAUAAUGUAUGAGAUGUGAGUGAGAACUACUCUUAAACAGUGUUGGCAUGUUCCUGGUGCAGCUGUGCUGUAUAAAGGACUGUGAGCGCCACUGGCACCGUAUUGACGUGAUCUGUGGUAUUGUAACACUAACAUGCCUGCUGUAUGUGCACAGUGUGGCCCCCUGCUGGUGUUUCUCACUGCCAAGUAGUUCAUCUUCUCUGUUUUAGGUGACUUUUGGUCUUUGCCUUUAGAGCAGUUGAGAUGCAAGCCAUGCCAAACCAUGUAAACACUUGUCAUGUGUUCAGAAAUGCAAAUCAUUGUGUGCUAAUGUAAUAGUUUUAAAAGGGAAGCCACACUUGGGAGUGUAUCAGGAUUGCUAGGAUCUUGGAAAGAAAGUUCAGAAAAUCUCCAAGUGUUUUGGGAAAUUUCAUGUUACAUUCUAGAAAGAAAAGUUCGAUACUUCAGUAGUUAUCCAUGAUUUUUAAAUCUAAUUACCAAAGGUAAGUACAGUUGGUUCAGUGACAUUUUGUUCAGUGUUCAUUAGUGUGCUCAGUACCAGAUGUGGCAUAAGCAGAUUUCAAAUCAUGUGAAGUUGCUUAACCGCUCUCAAUUAAAGAUGUUCAUUAUUGUUCUGCGCCAUAUCCGCUUGACCAUUUGCUGCUUUUCAGUGAGGAAUGAUUUGAGUUGCUUUACUGUCAUGUAUUUGACAACAAACCUUGAUGUGUUUCGAUAAACCAAUGCUUUAAAUGAGUAUCUGUUCACCUGCAAUAAAGAGAACCAAAUUCCAGGUGUAUUCAGACUCUGAGAGCAGGCCUGAUUCCAGGUGUCAAAGUGUACACGUUUUAAAAUGGAAAACCAAAUUGUGUAUACGGUGUGGCGUGAUAACACACAUGCUACACGCAUGUAUGCAUUUCUAUAGUAACACAUCCCCCUAAGAUAAAUACAUAUUCUUACAAUCUGAAGAAUUUAUUAUACAUCUAAGAUGAUUCAUUUCUGUACACACCUGGCCUAAGGUCUGUCCUCAAGUUGUCUUAGAAUUUUAUGAUGUGCUUUAGACGUUUUUAUAAUUAUGUGCAUUUUUUAUACAAUGAUAAUGCAGACCUUUUACAGAGGCACCUCUUUUAAAAACUAUUGUUCUUAUGUCUUUGAAUGACCCGAAGCUAUGCACUGCUAGUAAUGUGUUUUUUAUCUGGCAUGGUGUGUUUUAAUAAAGAGGUUUUGAAUAAAA